GGUGGAUCCAGUCCGGAAGUGAGAUGUUGCUCCUCCCGAAGAUGGUGUCUCCUUUAUUUUAAGGGGAGAAAGUCAAAAAAUAUGAGCGAUAGGUGUUGUCGGUCAAACGGAAAUCAGCGGAGCGGAAGGAAAUAUUCCACUGAGUACCAGCUAAUUGGGUAUGAAAUGAAAAGGCGGCUCUGAAAUCGAACAAUCAUGGACAACAGUCAAGCACAACAAGGAGUCUCCUACACGGACAAUCUCAUCGGGACUCUGCUUGCCAUCUUCGGAGGGGUGAUAGUCAGCAUCUCCCUGAGUGUCCAGAAGCACAGCCAUGUGAAACUGGCAGGAACAAAGGAGCAACGCAGCUUCUACGAGACCAAGACCUGGUGGGCUGGUUUUGUGUUCAUCUGCAUCGGGGAGGGGGCCAACUUCGUGUCCUACGCCUUCGCCCCUAUCGCUGUCAUAGCCCCCCUCAACGCUGUGUCGGUCCUCACGAGCUCAAUUUUGGGGUUUUUGUUCCUGCGCGAGAAAUCUAAAGCAAAGGACUUUGCAAAGAACCACGGGCUUACCUUCCUGGGCUACGUUCUCAUCAUCGGAGGGACGUAUCUGUUUGUGUCUUUCGGACCAAACUCUCACGAGAAGCUCCAAGCGAGGAACAUCGUGAAGCACAUCGUGGGCUGGCCCGUCCUCCUGUAUUUGCUCCUGGAGAUCAUCGCGUUCUGCCUGCUGUUGUACUUCUACAAACAGCGCAGUGCUAACUACCUUGUUGUUGUUCUGCUGCUCGCUGCCUUACUGGGCUCGGUGACGGUCAUAACGGUCAAGGCGGUUUCUGGCAUGCUGCUUCUCACCCUGGAGGGCUCCAUGCAGCUCGACUACCCCAUCUUCAGCGUCAUGUUCGUGUGCAUGGUGGCGUCCGUCGUCUUCCAGGCCAGGUUUUCUUCCCAGGCGUGUAACCUGCACGACUCCUCUCUGGCCGCCUGCGUCAACUACAUCUUCUCCACCGUGUUCGCAGUGGUGGCCGGCGCCGUCUUCUACUUGGAGUUCCAGAAUGAAGACGUCCUUCACAUCUGCAUGUUUCUGCUUGGGUCUGCAUUGUGUUUCCUCGGCGUCUUCCUCGUCACCAAGUACAGGAAAAAGGCCAAGCUGUUUGAGCCGUAUGUCACCAUGGAUGUGGCCAAGGGCGUGCCGACCAUUCACGACAACGGCCUCGUGGUCCAGCCGGACUACAACGGCUCCUUCUCCUACGGCGCUCUGGUUAACAACGACGGCGUGGCCCCCGCUACGCUGCCACGGUCAACCUGGAAAAUCCAGUUCUGCGGUACCGUGAGAGGCACAGAUUCGCCUCCUGGUCGGACCAACCUGAAGAUGGAUUGA